AUGUAUGAAUUUAAUAUAACUUUACAAAAUAAAUUACUUGAAAAAUAGUCUGAAGGAUUUAGUAAAACUAUAAGAUCAAUUCAAAAGAAUGAAUCUCUUAAAAAGUAAAUGAUUUAUUAAUUAAUAAUUUAAGUAAAUCAUUUAAAGAAAUGUCAAAAAAUUAAAGGGUUCAAGAAACUAAAAAUUGGUGA